AAUUUUUGUUCCCAUAUCAUUAUAAAUCUCCCCCCCAUUCAACAAUCAAGCUGCCCUAAAGCGCCUCCUUUCCUGGAAAACUCUUCUCCGCUGCCUGCUGGAACUUCUAUUUAUUGAUCCGUUUUUGGGUUGUUUUUUUUAACCCUCUCACACACACACACACACACACCGACACCGCCAGGCUUACCUCAUGGAUUUGUAUCAGAUUGGAUAUUUGAUGUGUGUGUGGCUGUCCAGCUCGCGGGUGCUUGGAGGCUAUCCCAUCUGGUGGUCGCUGGCUCUCGGGCAGCAGUACUCGUCUCUGGGCUCCCAACCCAUCCUCUGCGGCUCCAUCCCCGGCCUGGUGCCCAAGCAGCUGCGCUUCUGUCGAAACUACAUCGAGAUCAUGCCCAGCGUGGCGGAGGGGGUCAAGCUGGGGAUCCAGGAGUGCCAACACCAGUUCAGGGGCCGACGGUGGAACUGCACCACUAUCAAGGACAACUUGGCCAUCUUCGGCCCCGUGCUGGAUAAAGCCACCAGAGAGUCGGCGUUCGUCCACGCCAUAGCUUCGGCGGGCGUGGCAUUCGCUGUGACGCGCUCCUGCGCCGAGGGCACGUCCACCAUGUGCGGCUGCGACUCGCACCACAAGGGCCCCCCCGGCGAGGGCUGGAAGUGGGGCGGCUGCAGCGAGGACGCGGAGUUUGGCGUGCUGGUGUCCAGGGAGUUCGCCGACGCCAGGGAGAACCGCCCGGACGCCCGCUCGGCGAUGAACCGACACAACAACGAGGCGGGCCGCUCGACCAUCCUCGACCACAUGCACCUGCGCUGCAAAUGCCACGGCCUGUCGGGCAGCUGCGAGGUGAAGACGUGCUGGUGGGCGCAGCCCGACUUCCGCAUGCUGGGCGACUACCUGAAGGACAAGUACGACAGCGCCUCGGAGAUGGUGGUGGAGAAGCACCGCGAGUCCCGCGGUUGGGUGGAGACCCUGCGCGUCAAGUACAACUUCUUCAAGCACCCCACCGAGCGCGACCUGGUCUACUACGAGGGCUCGCCCAACUUCUGCGAGCCCAACCCGGAGACCGGCUCCUUCGGGACGCGCGACCGGGCCUGCAACGUGUCGUCGCACGGCAUCGAGGGCUGCGACCUGCUGUGCUGCGGCCGCGGCCACAACACCCGGACUGAGAAACGCAAGGAGAAGUGCCACUGCAUCUUCCACUGGUGCUGCUACGUCAGCUGCCAGGAGUGCGUGCGCGUCUACGACGUGCACACGUGCAAGUGAGGGAGGGACAAAGCUGAUUGCUGGACUACAAGUGCUGCCCCCACGCUCCGCCCUCCUGCACGACUUCCCAUGUUUCCAAACGCUUAACAUACUCACACUCACUGACUCCUUCAUCCAUUCACUCACUGAGGCCCUGAUGGCACGCCAGCAAAGGACAACUUGUUUUAUUUUGAAAAACCCUGUCCCAGAAUCCGCCCCCCCAUUCUUCCAGCAUUGGAACCCUCCCCAUUGUCUUUAUUUAUUUCCCCCCUUCAUGCCAGCACAACAAUCUGUGUUGCACGUACAGUAACACUUUUAUACCUGUUGAUGCAGCAAAAAAAGAAAAAGAAAAGAAAAAUAAGUUAUCAGACUUUAUUUGCUUUUGAAAAAAAAAAAAACAUCUUCUGACUAACACCUCACCUCUCCGGCACGUCUCGGCUGUCUUUUUUUGAGGGGGGGGGGGGUUCUGGAACUAAGCCGAGCUCCAACUGGCCGGAGACCAUGACUUUGUAACUACUGAACCGAAAGGACCCGUUCCUAUGUAAACUACUGAGCUGGUGAACCCCCCACCUCCCCUACACACACACACACACACACACACACACACACACACACACAGGCUGACUCGACCGCCCUAGUCAACCCGGAGAAGAUAUAUAUGCUACACUCUUGAUUUUUAUAGUCCUGCAUUUUUGAAAUAUCACCAUUGGGCUGGAGGUAUGCGGCAUGUGUGUGAACAAGCAUGCUCAUUCCACCAACAGCCAUACACGUGCGUGUGCGAGUGUGUGCAUGUGUGUGUUUGUUUGUGUGUGCGAGUGUCUCUGUGCAGCCACUUCCUAGAGGCUUAACAUCUGAAGCGUUGUUGAUGCGGUCAAACUCGUCUCAUGAAGGACGACUUUGUUCCUGUUCUUCGCUCAUGACCCCUCAUAAUGCAACGCGCUCCUGCAUUAAAAAUCAAGGCUGUUUUCAGCAUCCACUUUAAUUCUGGUUUCAAGAGGAAAAGUGAUUCUAGGGAGAUCUAUUGUUUUUCAUUUAACAAUCAUCGGGUUCAUUGGAGAGGAUUUUGUUAGGAGGAAAAUCUUUCAUCCUUGUAAAAAAAUAAGGGGGACGUGUGAAGACAUGUGGAGCCGAGUAGCUUCUGAUUGGCUUUCACACCCUUCCUUUAUCCUUUCCUCCCUUCCUUCCCUCAUCCCUGUCUUCCUUCCCUCUGCAAUUUCUCUUGGUUGGACAAUUGAAGCUUUAGGGAAGUCUGAUUUAUAAUCUACGCCCGCGUACACCCACAAAACCACCCGAGCGAGCUCCUGGUUUUCUUUUUUAGAUAUUUAAAGGACAAUUGUGUAAUUUUAUUCCCACCGUAACCCGAGGUGA